CGCAGUGAGACUAGUGAGCGCUGUGCGGAAACAAAGUCCUGUCUGUGAACUAGAAGCGGAGGUAGAAGGAUUGGUCGACGUUUAUGAAACGAUAAGGACUGCUGUACAGCUGAGUGGUAGGCUCGGAAGACCAAGGGCAGAAGCAAGAAAGGAUGUAUAAUCCAAACAGUAUCCUUCAGAAGUGGCCAUGGCUGAAGGGCUUAGGUUUACUCAUUACUUUUGGAUGUGCCCUGAUCAUUAUCAUUUUUACUCUGAAAGAGUCUGGAAGGAGACCUGCACUUCAUAAACUGUCGAUUAUGUUGAUGGGCAAGACUGGAACAGGGAAGAGUGCAACUGGAAACACCAUCCUGGGGAGAGAGGUGUUUAAAGAGGGAGUUUCCCCUGUGGCUGUUAGCUUAAGGUGUGAGACACAUAGUGCAGAGGUGGCAGGGUGGAGUGUUACUGUGAUCGACACACCUGGGAUCUUUGACAUAUAUAUUUCUAAUGAUGAAAUCAAGCGUGAAAUGGAAGAAAAUGUCAAUCAAUUUUUCCUGCUAGUGGUCAGGCUGGGGAGAUUCACAUUGGAAGAUAGGAACACUGUAAAAUGGAUCCAGGAUAAUUUUGGAGAAUGCGCUUUGAAAUACUCAUUGGUGCUUUUCACUGGAGGAGAUGAGCUGAUAAUACCAGUGAAGGAGUUUCUGAGAAAAAGCAGAGAUCUCCAGGAAUUCAUCAACAGCUGUGGUGGCCAAUAUCAUGUGUUUAACAACAGAGAAAAGAACAACCGCACUCAGGUUACAGAGCUUCUGGAUAAGAUUGAGACAGUGCUGUUUACCAUGCAAGGAUACCACCACACUACUACGAUGAUCCAGCAGGCUCAAAGAAAGAUACAAUCAGAGGAGGAGAGAAAGAGAGAGGAGGCUGAGAGAGAGAUCAGAACAGAGGAGGAGAGAAAAAGAGAGGAGGCUGAGAGAGAGAUCAGAACAGAGGAGGAGAGAAAGAGAGAGGAGGCUGAGAGAGAGGUGAGAACAGAGGAGGAGAGAAAAAGAGAGGAGGUUGAGAGAGAGAUCAGAACAGAGGAGGAAAGAAAUAGGCAGGAGAUUACCUAUAUUUCUGUCCUGACCCCUGAAGCUGCGUUGGCCUUCCGAGAGCUCAAGAGAUGCUUCUCCUCUGCUACGGUCCUGAUUUUGCCUGAUCCCGAGAAGCAGUUCACCCUCGAGGUAGAAGCCUCCAGGAUCUAUUCUGACAAGUUUCACCACAAGCAGUUCCUUGUAAUUCCAAUGGAGGGAAGAAGGAGGAAACUGAUGUAG